GGCCUGGCCCAGGAGGGUUUAUAUGACGAGCAGAUCACCUCCCAUUGCAUAUCAUACAUCAUGUUUACCCCGGUCUCAAGUGACACUUCGUUCCCGCUCACGUCCACGUUUGGGGUUGCACUGGCUGGCUCGUGGGUAGGGGUGUGUUUAUAUGGACUGACUAUAGCGCAGGCGUAUAUCUAUUUCCAAAAGUACCCAAAAGAUAGCUGGCAGACGAAAUCACUGGUUGGAUCUCUAUGGGCUCUAAAUACAUUGCAUACCAUUUUCGUGUGCCUACUCUGUUACCAUUAUAUGAUAACGGCGCUAUUACACAUGGAUGUCAGCAUGCUUUUGGUUAAUGUGUGGUCUUUAAGUAUGCUACUUUUUUUACGCUGCGUAGUGUCCGCCAUUGUCAUGUUUUACUACAUCAAGACAAUAAUUCAACUCAAUGGAGAGAAAAUGCGCUGGUGGGUUAUAGGGAUCGUUAUGGUCCCAAUCGUAUGCUAUUUCGCCUUCGCAAUAGACACCAUCCUGCAUGCCUAUUGGACGUCAAUCUUUACGGAGGUCUUCGGAUUUGCUUACGUAUCCAUCCUGCCUUGCUUAGUAAUGCAAGUCAUUUCAGAUGGAUUCAUCACAGUAUCUCUGUGUAUAAUCUUGUUCAAGAAACGAACCGAAUUCAAGGGCACACGUAAAAUCGUCAAUGCAUUGAUACUCUUUACUACCACCCGAGGUUUGGUAACAUUACUAGCUGCAUUGACCAUGGUCAUCUUGCUCAUGAUUCGCCCCGAUCAGAUGUGGUAUAUUGGGCCUGAAAUCACCAUGGUUGGUCUGUACACAAAUUCGCUCAUGGCAUUUUUCAAUACACGGAGCUCUUCAUGCGAUACCAAGACAGUGUCUCCCACAGUGAACAUGAGCGGCAAAACUCCAUAUCUCAGCAGCCGCGGUGAAAGACACCAGAAGGACACGUACAUU